AUUUUUUGCUUGCUAAAAUCAAUACUCAAUCAAAAACAAUACAUCAUUUUAUUUAAAUACAAUCACCGGUCACCAUGGCAAAACCAUCAUUAAUCAAGAAAUUUUAUAUGAUAUCCUAUAUUUUAUUAAUUUUCCAAAAUGCCAUUUUUGCACAAAUAAUAUUUCCAAACGAAGAAAUUGAUGUACCUAAUUUCGGUCGCUGUAUAACACCCAACAGGGAAAGGGCGCUAUGUAUAAUUCUCGAAGAUUGCAAAUAUCUAUAUAAUAUCUUGGUAACUUCACCCUUAAGAGACACAGAUAGAUUAUAUUUAAGUCGCAGUCAGUGUGGUUAUCAAAAUGGCAAAGUUUUGAUUUGUUGCCCAGACCGUUAUCGCCAGGCGGCUCCGGCGACUGUGUCACCUACUCCACCUCCAAAUUAUGUUAAUAAUUUAUUGCCACAGCCCGGUCAGUGUGGUAAUGUUUUGUCUAAUCGUAUUUAUGGUGGUAAUAAAACAAAAAUUGAUGAAUUUCCAUGGAUGGCAUUAAUUGAGUAUACAAAAGCCAACAAUGCUAAAGGUCACCAUUGUGGGGGUUCUUUAAUAAAUACACGCUACGUUAUCACUGCCUCCCAUUGUGUCAACGGUAGAGCUAUACCCACCGAUUGGCGUUUGACAGGUGUACGUUUGGGUGAAUGGGAUACAACAACAAAUCCAGAUUGUGAAAUAGAUGUACGUGGCGAAAAAGAUUGUGCUCCCGAACAUAUUGAUAUUGGAGUGGAACGAGCCAUACCUCAUCCUCAAUAUAAUCCCAGCUCUAGAAAUCAGGUCAAUGAUAUAGCUCUUUUACGUUUGGAACGUAGUAUAUCGUAUACGGACUUUGUAAGACCCAUAUGUCUACCGAUAAAUAAUAAUUUGCGUUCGGCGGCAUUUAAUGGUAUUGUUAUGGAUGUUGCUGGAUGGGGUAAAACCGAAAAAGAAUCGGUAUCAAAUUUGAAAUUAAAAGCCUCCGUAGAGGGAUACUCUAUUGAUGAAUGCCGCUCGGUCUAUAUGCGUCAGAAUAUUAUUUUAGAGGACACGCAAAUUUGUGCCGGAGGCAAGGAGGGUAUUGAUUCAUGUCGGGGUGACUCCGGGGGUCCUCUUAUUAGUUUGGACACUACAAAUAGGAUUCGUGCUUACUAUUUCCUGGCUGGCGUUGUAUCGUUCGGUCCUACACCCUGUGGUUUAGAUGGUUGGCCAGGUGUUUAUACCCGUGUUGGUAAUUAUAUUGAUUGGAUUUUACAAAAUAUUCAGCCAUAAGAAUUGCGGUGCAUUUUUUCUCAAAUAUUGGUUCAUUGUAAAUAUUUUACUUUGAGUUGGACUUAAAAUUAUUUAUAUUAUAUAUUCUAUUUUAAAUUUUAAUAAAUGUGUGACAAUUCCUUUUCAUGAAGGAAGUAAAUUUUAAAUUAA